UAUCAUUGAAUCCGAACAGAUUCAACCGGGCCAGAUGGCGGGCUGCCCGCCCGCUGCCGACGCCCACGGGCAACUUCCGGUUACUUGCAGAAAGAAUGCAAAGUACUCCCCCUCUGUCCAAAAAUAAUUUGCUUCUCUCUCUCUCUCUCUCUGCUGUUCACAAUCAUGAUAACCUUAGACCUACCUUUCUUUCUCUCUUUCUCUUCACUGUUUCCCCGUUCCCUCCCCCUUCUCCUCCUAGAAAAAGAAAAGAGAAAUUAGAGAGAGAGAGAGAGAGAGAGAGCUAGUGGUAUGUCGUCGAGAGCUGAGGAGUUCGCCGGCGCCGACAGUUUAUUAUACCACGUCCCACAACAUAGCCGAAGGGAGAAGCUCCGGUUCCCAACGGAUGAGUCGCCGGCUUCCGCCGCCUCAUUACUUCCUCUCCUUUACCAAUCGAACCCCACCUGCCUUCCAUCCUCGUACUACAGCCAUAACUUUGAUGAGUGCGGGCCGCACCAGAUCCAGCCGCAGGGAUUCUCACUUUCGCUCUCCCCAGCUACGGUUGGCCCUCUCGGUCCGUUCACCGGUUUGAACCGGUCCGGCUUUGUUCAGCCUGCCCGGCAGUUGUUGGAGGAGAUUUGUCGGCUUGGCCGGGGUGAGCUCGCCGGCGUCGGGGACCGAGAUCUGAUGGAGGAUAUAACUAUGGAGAACGAGGUGGGCCAGAGGGUUGGAGGUUUCGAGGACGACCAGUGGAAGAAGCUCAAGCUUGUUUCCAUGCUUCAUGAGAUCCAUAGAAGAUACAGAUUAUACUAUCAGCAGGUGGAAACUAUUAUCACAUCAUUUGAAACGGUAGCAGGCUUAAACACUGCUGCUCCAUAUGUUUCUUUAGCUCUGAAGUCCAUGUCCAAGAACUUUAGAAGUUUAAAGAGUAUCAUAUCUGAUCACCUUAAUAACCUUGACAUGAUUGAUGCAAAACAAAGACUUGGUAAAGGGGAAUUUACUGGUUUUGGCCUCACAGCUACUGGUGAUCAUGCAUUUUCACAAAGAAGGAAUUCAUCUCUUACUUUCGGGCAGCCACAAGUUUGGAGGCCUCAGAGAGGGCUACCCGAACGUGCAGUUUCAGUGCUUAGGGCUUGGCUUUUUGAACAUUUCUUGCAUCCGUAUCCUACUGAUACAGACAAGCAAAUGCUAGCUAAGCAAACAGGUUUGACAAGAAAUCAGGUUUCCAACUGGUUCAUAAAUGCAAGGGUAAGACUAUGGAAACCCAUGGUGGAAGAAAUACACAACCUUGAAAUGCAUCAAUUACAGAAAUCAGUGGCAGAAACAGAUCCUCACAACGUUCGGAACUCGAACUUGCAAGCUUCGCAUCCAUCGUCAUCAUCUGCAGCAGCAGCAACAACUUCAUCGAGCAUUAAUCGACCCCCCAUUCAAGAAAACAAUUUCAUGCUACGAAACAACCAAAAUCGAUCUUACCGUUCUUCGAACAUCGAACUUCCUCACAUGGAAGAACCCUACAAAUUCGUAUUCGAUGAUGCUUUCGCCAUCCAUGCUCAGUCGCCCAUGGGGGUUCAAAUGGGAGGAAAUUCUGUUGUUUCUCUCACUCUCGGAUUAUCAGAACCGCUGUCCAUGAAUGUAGCUCGACGAUUUGGCUUAGAAGAGUGCAGCAAUGCUUAUGAUUUGCACUAUGGGAAGGAAAUUGGUGCACAUAUGCUUCAUGACUUUGUUGGAUGAUUUUGAUCUCAAGAUCAGUGAGUUCUACUUCAUAAUUAAUGAUAGACAUUUUCAUUACUA